AUAUUUGCGUUCAGAGUCACGCUGCAGACACACUUGUUGUUUUGACCAUUCGUUGGAAUAUUCCAUAAUAUAAGCGAAAAGGAAGUAUAUACUUAGACAUAUUUGCAUAAUUACUUUUUUCAGUAAUCCAAAGUUGCAACACAUUCGGAGGAGAAAACAAAAUGAGACAAAAAACUAUACUUUCAUCAGAACGUGUGCUAAUACUUUUGCUAGUAUUCUGUCUUGAAAGCUCGUAUUCCAAGCUAUUCCCGAUUGAACCAAGAAAUUCAUUUCAGGAUGGACGAACCGAAUGGCCGAAUGCCUAUAUUUGGCCACUUCCACGAUUUCAUCACGCAACGGCUGACCUUGUGACGUUUGACCCAUAUUCUUUUCGCAUUGUUCCACUUAGCCUAGAACGCUGCGAGCCUCUGGAAUUUGCAAUAGUCAAGUACAGCAGACACUUUCUCUUUCCGGACAUGUACAAAUCACCAACCCCACCGGAUCCAGAAUUUCCAACAGUCUCGCGAGUGUAUGUGGAACUUUCAGGAGCUCACAAUGAAUGCCUCAGUUAUCCACAACUCUCUGAUAAUGCUGAAUACGAACAAUAUGUAUUAACCGUGGAGUCGACAGUUAAUGGUACUGCUGAAAUUAAGAUUCGAGCAGACACGAUUUGGGGACUACUUCGAGGAAUCGAAACAUUUUCCCAACUUAUCUUUACCAAUGCUGAAACGAACAGUAGUUUUGUUGACGCUAAUCUCUUGAAACGUCAUUAUUAUAUGAACUCAACGACCAUUUAUGAUUGGCCAAGGUUUCCCCACAGGGGUUUAAUGAUCGAUUCCGCGAGACACUAUUUACCCGAACGAAUAUUUUAUCAAAUCUUGGAUGGAUUGAUGUACAACAAGAUGAAUGUGCUGCAUUGGCAUUUAUCCGAUGACCAAAGCUUUCCGUUUGUGAGCCAAAAGUUUCCUCAAUUAUCAGAGAAGGGGGCUUACAAUCCCAAAGCAAUUUACACACCAGCCAUGAUCAAAAGAAUACAAGAGGCUGCAAGGUUACGGGGAAUUCGGGUGAUUUUAGAAUUAGAUACUCCUGGGCACACCCACUCACUAGGAAAAGCCUUUCCUGAAUUGCUGACACCCUGUUAUGGGGACGGAAUUAAUCCCGGAACCGCAGAUCACCCGUAUCACUCCAGUCAUGAAAAUCUGGAUCCCACAAAAGAAUUUACUUAUGAAUUUAUGAGGGACCUUUUCUCUGAAAUUGCCAAUGUGACAAAGGAUUCGUAUAUUCACCUUGGUCUUGAUGAAAUAUAUCAAGCUUGCUGGCAGUCCUCACCAGAAAUUAAAAGUUUUAUGGCAAAAAAUAAUUUCACGCAUUUGAAUGAGGUGCAAGAAUAUUAUGCUCAUAGGCAUAUUCAGAUGAUCAAGAGUUUGAAUCUCAAACCUAUUGCGUGGCAGGAUCCUUUAGAUUACCGAGUCAAACUGGACAAGGAUGUGGUAAUUCAGGUUUGGAAGGAUUACGGACUUUCAUGGCAAGAUCAUUUUCAGGCAGUACUGGACAAGGGUUAUAGAACAAUACUUUCUUCUCCCUGGUAUUUAAAUUAUAUCAGCUACGGGGAAACAUGGAAAUCAUACUACCGAGCUGACCCUAUCAUGAGUUUACCAGACAUUACUGAAGAGCAAGAAAAAUUGAUCGUUGGGGGCGAGGCCUGUAUAUGGGGUGAAUAUGUCGAUAAGACCAACAUCCUUCCAAGGAUAUUCCCCUUUAUUGGGGCAAUAGCUGAGCGCCUGUGGAGUGCAAAUAUUCCUUUAGAUCUGCACACUGCGGAACAAGCCCGAAGUCGGUUAGAUGCGAUGAGGUGUCGUCUUCUUCGGAGGGGCAUAAAUGCCCAACCGAUUUUGAACGGAUACUGUGGGUCAUGGGAGACGGAAAAUGAUUACUUGUAACGAGUAAUGGACAAUUCUUAUCAAUGUAUUUAACUAUUUAUCGUGGUUAAUAUGUACAAAAUAAGUACAUUAGAGCUGAAUGAAAUGAGAUUUCACAGUCUGCCCCGCACUCGAAUCAAAUGGAAACGAUUUUUACCUCAAUAAAAGUUUGUUGAUUUUGCUAAUAAAAAUUUGACCAUUCAUGUUUUCAUUUUACACA